CCCCAACGUCAGCAGCCAACACCAACACCACAUUAUCCUCAACGUCGACAACCAACUCGACCACCACAGUGAAUGUUCCUUCGAGCACUGGCUUAACUACCUUCUUGGCUUCUUCAACGCUCUGGAGCAGUAGUACAUUAUUGACUUCGUUCUCAACGUCUACAACCGGUAUCAAUGCCACAGUGCCCUUUCCUACAGAUACCGGCUCAGCCAUAUCCUUGACUACAUCAUUGAUUAGCACCGACUUGACUUCAUCAAUGCCAUCAACUUCAGCAACUUCAACAACGAGUGUUACAGGGAGUAACAGUACCAGCGAAACGACAUUGACCUCAUUGUCGUCGAAUAGCAGUACCAAUAUCACCCUUAUUCCAGCAACUCUCAGCAGUGGCUCAAUCGUUGAGACAUCCACGAUCACAUCGAAGAUCAGCGGCAGCGGUUUCGGAACCACAACAACGUCGCUGUCCCAGACAUCCACGACCACUGGAAUUCCUGUCGUCACCAACGGCCAAUGCAAAGGCUCAGACUGCACCGAUGGUGAGUGCACAGGAAUUCUGUGUGUCUCGUUGGGGUGCUCUGGAUCAGGCUGCUCGAAUGGCAUCUGUACAGGACUCGACUGUAUUUCGCUUGGAUGCAUAGGCACAGGAUGCAAAAAUGGCGUGUGUACCGGGUCGUGCGUCACAUCUGGCUGUGAAGGCUCUGACUGUGAGUCCACCACUGGCGAAUGCUCUGGCUCGGACUGUAUCAGUGUUGGAUGCUCUGGCUCCGACUGCGAUAGUAGCACUGGUUCUUGCAGUGGACCAAACUGCACGACCAAAACAUGCAGCGGUUCCGGCUGCGAUAAGGGAGUUUGCGCUGGCUUGGGUUGUGACGAUGAGGGCACACAGACCGGCAGUGGCACUGAUGCUACUACAGGCAAUCCAGACUCGCCAACAUCAAGCCAGACUCCAUCAUCGAGCUCUUCUUGCAGGACACAGACGGCAAGCCUGUGUGUAGCCGCCUGCUCAGUUACUGCCAUUGCUGUCAACUCAACGACCACUUUGACUACCAGCUGCUAUACGACUGCGUGCAGUGCAACGAUAGCAUGUAGUGUUGAGGCUACGACCACAUCUUCAUUCACCACCUCGAUUUCGACUUCAAACGGAGCUUGUAUGACAGUCAUACCGUUUUCCGGCAUUGCAAGCUCAGGCUCGGUCGUUUCGACGUCGUACACUGCUACUGAGAUUACCUACACCAUCUCGACGGUGACGGCUAAGAGCGCUUCCUCGACGGGCAUGGGUACAAGCUCAGACAGUGCAGUCACCCUUUCGACUACAAUGACUAACAGUACUCUCUCGACCAGCACGGAUUCGAGCUCGAGCGGUACGAUUACUAGUUCUGCUACAACGAGCUCGUCCAUGACAUCAAAAACUGCCAGCACUGUCUCCUGCACCUAUCAAGGCGCAGAUCCCGACAAGGGGAUUGACGGGUUUUGCAUAUGCUCCAGUUCAAGUUAUUCAGUACUGAAAGGCACAUCGGGCAACAUGUGUGCAUAUACGGCCCUCCCCACAUCGACAGCCGUGGUUACAGCCUCUGCUCAGUAUACGACAACAGACGACUGCUAUGCGUGCACAGUAUAUGGGCCGGCCAGCCAAGACUGUGCCUCCGUGUCUGAUUGCACUCCAACGUCUACGACGACUGUUGCUACGACCUCUGCAUCGACGACUACCACAAUAGCAUCGGCCCGGGUCACAUGUACUCUAUGGACUGAUUGUCCCGCAUGCCCGGAUGGAGAGAGUCCACUCUGUGGAGGGCUUGCGGGCCAGGAGAGCUGCGGCUGCUUAACAGAGAGUAGCAAUUCCAGACUUCGACGAGACGGUCAAUUAGAAGCGGAAUCCAACGACUCUGACUUCAGUAAGCUAGACAACCCCCUUGCUAAACGAGCCGAUGUUGUUGGGGAUGCUUUGUCCUGUCCAUAUUCACCACCCGCACAAGACACGUAUUGCACCUAUUUCGGUCUCAGCAAGCGUGCAAAUGCCGCAAAAGAAAUCAACUUGCCAUGGGCCAGCGCGUUAAAAUGGUCCAACUACCCUCAGUGUCCAAACACCGGCACCAAGGGCAUAACGCAGGUGCCCAAGGUAAGCUCUAAACAUGUUGCUAUUUAUCAUUGAAACUGAUCGCCUUGCAGUUCUACCACCCCGCAGGCGCUUCUACUGCCCAAAAUGGAAUCCAAAAUUAUGACCCAACAUCGUCGCAGAGCGCCUCUACUAAUGGCCGAAUUGCG